UCUCCUCCUCCUCCUCCUCCUUCUCUUCCUCUCCGGAGCCAAGGAGGCGGAUCUCAGCGCCGGCGCGCAAGGGAAACAAGCAGCAAGCCGCAUCCCAGGCAGCUCAGCCCAGGAAAGGACGGCGAGGAGAAGCCGGGGAGCAGCAGCUCCCUCCUACAGAUGCCCACAAAGCAACUGCAUCCCUGAAGAAAGUUGUCGUGUUUCAUAACCAAAGGAACACUAAUUGGGAAAUUGAUUGAAAGGCAAUAAGAAGUUUCCUGGGCUGGUGGAGAAGGAAAACCUCAUGAGAUGUCUCCUUUUGUAGCUGCUUUCAAACCAAAUCCUUGAUUGGGAAGCCAUACAUCUAUUUGCAAGAGGAUGCUCACUCCCAGGGCUCUCAUUAAUGGAACAGGGUCAGCUUCUAUGUUGAUCUGAAAUCUAUUUAAAACAAUUAAACAGAUACGUUUCUGAUUCAGGAGUCUUGCCAACAGACCAAGGGAGAAUUACAGUGGAUGCUCCCCGACAGCCAGCUGAACUCCUUGAAGAAAAGCUAUGGAAGGGAAUAAAAGUGCCAUGUUGUUCAAAAUCAAACCUUUGCUUAUUUGUUUGUAAUAUUAAAAAGGGGGAAAUACUCUUUUUUUUGUAAAGAAAUCCUCAUUUUUCAAGAGACUGAACAUUGAUGACUGUAGUUCAUGCCAACUCUACAGAUAUAACUCAGUUCAACAGGAACUUCAUCUCCCCAGGAGACAUUGGACACUGUGAUUCUACAAGUAUCAGCAGCAUCCUUCCUGACAUACUGUUCUCAGGAUUCACUGGGUUGGAGCCAUGUUAAUUAAACUAGUGUAAUUCUGCCUUAAGACUGUCUUAAAAAAAAAAUUCAAAAUGUCAGCAAAGGAACGUUGCUUCAUUUUCGAACACUAGAGCGCAAGCCUCAAAGAUGGAAGAUACAGAGAAAACAGUUCAGAUGGAGAGCCCUCAAAAACCAGAAGCUCUGGAUGGGCCAAAGUUUGCCAUCACAAACCAGAGCCCGGCCAAAAAGGCCUCAGUCUUUUGUUUUAAGAAAAGGAAGAAGUCCUGUGAAAAGGUUGCAGAGAAGGAGGAAGAUGGUGAAUCUGAGACACUUACUUUAAAGCCUGUAAGCCAGGACUCCAACACGGGAAGUAGCGGAGCAGAGCUAUCAGGUUCCUUAUGGACGUCAGGAGGAGCUUGGUUGGCCUUCAAACGCCUGGUGACUUCAAGGAGACGAUCCAAGUCUGUCCUAAAGAAGCAGCAACAGUCAGGAGGUUCCCGUGUCCAACUGGAGUCUCAAGCAGAAGACUCAGGGGUGCUGCCUUGCCCAAAGGAACGAGCUGGGUUGAAAAUCCCCUGCUUGAGGUUCUCCAGAAGCCGGAAGAAGGCCACUAAUUGUGAACUUUCUGAAGAGCUGGAUCAUGGAGAGAAAGCAAAUGAAAAGACAAGUAUUUUGAAUGACCAAAGUAACUGUGAGGAACCAGAGGUUCUGGCUCUGGAAGGUCCACUGAGUGCCCAACGGUCCUCCUCCAGUGAAGCCCUUGAGGAGACAAAGGGCGAUACUGACAUUGUUAAAAAUGGGGGCAAUGUGGUCAACUCAAGUACGGAUAAGGUCUUUGCAGUAGAUAUAGGUCCUGGUCCUGAUUGUUAUGCAGAUGAUGUGGUCCAGUCCGAAAUCAUCCACUCUGAGAAGGUCCUCGAAACCGAAGAGGAGAAGCAAAUCUUCCAGUUGCACCAGGGCAGCCUCUAUGGAGACCCAGAAGAAGCAGAAGACAAGAGAUUUAAUUUCAAGGUUGAGAUAGGGCCUCCCAUUCCUGAGAUCUUGCCAGGAGCUGAACUUGGAGUCUUCAAAACGGAGGAGGUCAAAGAGGCAGAGUUGGGGAAGGAAGUUGACACUACUAUGAAUGGAAGCAGUGCCAAAGAGGGAAACUCUGUUGAGGUGAUGCUACAUUGCAGCCCACCUGCCAUGGGAGAGGAGGCUUCAGAUGUGCCGGUCGGUUCUGAUGAAGAAACAAAAGAAAAUCAACCUGUCAUGCCAGCAGCGGGCAUCAUGAUCAUGAUUACAGAAGCGGAGGAAUGGCCGGAUGAAGAGGAACCCAACCAGGCCUGUGAACUCUUCUCGUUGGCACAAGUCAACAAACAGAAAGGGAAGAAAAAAUCAAAAAAAGGUGCUGAUUCAGGGGGUCAUGACCACACAAGGGACGGGAAACCGUCUUCCAAGGUCUGGCCAGCCUUGAGUGGAACUGACCAGGAACACUGGACUUCAGAGCAAUAUGAAGGGCUUCUGAUCGAAACGGCCGCAUCGCUGGUUAAGGCAGCCAUCCAGUCGUCCAUUGAGCAGCUGGUGAACGAAAUGGCGGUGGAGCAAAACAAGCAGAACAGCUUCCUAUGAUCUUGGGGGUUCUUUGCAGUCCAAGUUCCUGCGAGGCAUCAGAUUUCGAGUGCCAAUGAAACUCUGGUCUGUUAUUUAACAUUAUUAGAAGGUUAACGUAGGCAAAGGCAUCGCUUGGAUUUUUCUGUGCCUGCUGGCAAAACUGCUCAGUUCUGUUCCUGCAGUUAAUUCGGUAUUAACUCCACAGGAAGAAGGUUCCUGAUAUAGUUAGACUCAGCAUGGGAAAACUGGAAUGUUCUGAUCUCGGGGAUAUUUGCAUUGUCUGUGACUAGCCUAAUUUUGCAUGUUGGUGAAAUGAAUGUACUGUAUGUUAAAAAAAAAAUGGGAUGUAAGAAUAGCAGGGGGUGGGGAGCCAUUUAUGGCAUGGUGACCUGGGCUAAUGGCUUGUUCUGGGCGGCAGAUGACCUUCCUCACCUCUCCUCUUGAUUCAUUUAUUUUAUAUACUAGAACUCAGGUGGUUCACAUCUCCCCUCAAUAAUCCAAAUGUCUCAGUGUUAAUUAGCUUACAUCUGAUCUUCAUGCCAGGAAACCUUGCCUGAUGAAUUGCUGUGAGCUCGACUGCUUUUAAAGAUAUCAGAGAAAGCAAGGAAGGAAGGAAGGAAGGAAGGAAGGAAGGAAGGAAGGAAGGAAGGAAGGAAGGAAGGAAGGAAGGAAGGAAGGAAGGAAGGAAGGAAGGAAGGGGAAAGAUAGAGGAGAGAGGAAGGAAGGAAGGAAGGAAGGAAGGAAGGAAGGAAGGAAGGAAGGAAGGAAGGAAGGAAGGAAGGAAGGAAGGAAGGAAGGAAGGAAGGAGGAACUAGCAAAGCUGUUCUUGUAUAGGGAUUGUACUAUUGAACAGCAGUCUUGUUGCUCAUCUUGCAAACCGUUAAAACAGGGAGAUUCUGGGACAUGCAGCUCCCCAAAAGUAACUUUUCCAUGCUGUAACCCAAAAUCGGAAAAAUGGCUACUAAAGAGGGUUUUUGGGUUUUUUUGUGUGUCGGGAGCAACUUGAUAAACUGCAAGUCGCUUCUGGUGUGAGAGAAUUGGCCGUCUGCAAGGAUGUUGCCCAGGGGACGCCCAGAUGUUUUUUGAUGUUUUUACCAUCCUUGUGGGAGGCUUCUCUCAUGUCCCCGCAUGGAGCUGGAGCUGAUAGAAGGAGCUCAUCCGCGCUCUCCCUGGGUUGGAUUCGAACCUGGCAGCCUUCAGGUCAGCAACCCAACCUUCAGGUUACAAGGCUUUAUCCCACUAUGCCAUUGGGGGCUCCUACUAAAGAGGGUGAAAGCCAAUUCUGGCACAUUUUUAGUCCGAGGAAAGACAUUUUCUUCGGCAGGAAGGAAGCCAGAAAUCCGUUGCCAGGUCCACUUCUUGCUGGGAUGAAGUCCUCUCCUGGGCCUGAAAUGACCGUAGAGGACUCCAUCCUAGCAAGAAGCGAGCUGGCAACUAAUUUCUGACUUACUUCCUGUGGAAGAAAAUAUAUUUCUUGAGGAUAAAAUAAUUUAAGGCUGUUUUGCUACAUUUGGUAUGCAGAGUUUCAAGUAGCUGUGGCUCUCCAAGGUCUCCUCAAGGGCUUAUGUAGACCCUUUUGCCUCCAAGAAGUGUCCAUCCAUGAGGGAUGGUUCUGUGGAGGAGUAGGAGGAUUUCCCCCCAUCCCUGUUUAUGUCCACAACAUAAUGGGCAGGGAAAGGAAGAAAAGCUAUCAAAAGUUGCAUGCGUUGGAGGAAUGGGGUCCCAUCUGUUUUGACCUGUUGUGGCUGAGAUCUCCAACAUGGUGCCUGCCAACAUCGUCACCAUUUCCUCCAGCUUCCUUUGUGGCAGAAACAGUCCUAGUUUAUCCUCUUGCUUCCAUUAAUCCAGAUGCGAUUUAAAAGUCCUAGUUUCUCUCUCUUGCUCCCACUUUCAUCCUUAGUUUAUUUCAGUCGCUGCAAAUGAAGUUUCAAGUCCAGUUGUAAUGUGACCUCAGUUGGUUCAACUGUGGUCAGAGGAGAGGAGUGGGCAGAAUUGUACUCUUUGCAAUAGACUCAGGCAAAAACAAAGUCCGGCAUCCUCUCCUUGUUUGUGUGUUUGUCUCGUUAAUAGGGUUUACCAUCUUGUCCGCAGUUGCUGUCCUAGUUCCCAUCUGUGAAAUGUUGGAGGGAUUGUGGGAGUUGAAGUCCAAAACAACUGGAAGGCUCAAGUUUGCCCAUGCCUGCUUUAGGGUCAGCUUCCACCAAAUUUAUAUUGAAGGAUGAUGUUAUUCCUAGAGAAGUGAAAUGUCUAGGUCCUCUGAUAUGAUCAAUUUGCAGCAGAGUCACACUGGAGGACCUCAAGAUUGCCAAGAGAAUAUUUCAAAUCUGUGAAUAAUCCAAGCCACAAAAGCCCAAUCUGUAAAUGUGUAUUUGCCAUGGUCCAUGAGAUGAAUGAGAAAUUGUAGCAGCAGAAGCAGAAUCGUACAUGCAGGAGCCUUGUGGGUUGUGCUUUGUGCGUUGCACAACGGUGCCAAGUUAUUGAUACGUGCACAAUGUUGCUCUUGUGUGGGGUGCAGCUUAUCUCCGCAUGUGUGUAUUUAUGCUUCUCUGAGAUAAUAUUGGAUUAUAGCUAGUAUGGCAGGAAGCAAUGUGUGGGCUGGAAAAGGAGUCAUGAUCUGAAUUUGGGAAGCUUACUUGCUGAUGAAUGGGGAAUUGUUAUAUUUACUUACAUAAGGAGAAGGGGGCAAAGAGAAGGAGAAAGGCACCAAUUUCACCCCACCUGUUUUCUUACCCCCUUUGUCCUGCCCUCUCCUCGUUUCUCUCUUUUUCAGGUCUUUUUCUAAAUCCCAAAUAUCUCCCCUAAUGAAGGGGGCUGGACUAGAUAUCCUUUGAUGCCCCACCUGGCUACAAUUCAUGAAACAAAACCAGUCCACUCUCUUGGAAAAAUGACCCAAAAAGAUUGAUCCUCAAUAUAUUUCUCAAUAUGUUAUUGAUAGCCAGCAUCACUGGGUUGCUGCAUGUUUUCCAGACUCUCUGACCAUGUUCCAGAAGCAUUCUCUCCUAACGUUUCACCCACAUCUAUGGCAGGCAUCCUCAGAGGUUGUGAGGUCUGUUGGAAACUAGGCAAGUGAGGUUUAUUUAUCUGUGCAAUAACGUCCAGGGUGGGAGAGAGAACACUUGUCUGUUUGAGGCAAGUGUGAAUGUUGCAAAUGGCCAGCUUGGUUAGCAUUUAAUGGCCUUGCAGAUUCAAAGCCUGCUGCUUCCUGCUUGGGGAAAUCCUUUGUUGGGAGGUGUUAAUUGGCCCUGAUUGUUUAUUAUCUGGGAUUCCCCUGUUUUCUGGAUUUUGUUCUUUAUUUACUGUCCUUACUUUAGAGUUUUUUAAUACUCUAAUAUUAAAUAUUAGAUUAAUAAAUUAUUAAGUAUUAAUAUUAAGUAUUAAUAUUAAUACUUCGCCCCGGUGGCGAAGUGCGUUAAAGCACUGAGCUGAAGACUGAAAGGUCCCAGGUUCAAACCCCGGGAGCGGUGUGAGUGGCCGCUGUUAGCUCCAGCUCCUGCCAACCUAGCAGUUCGAAAACAUGCCAAUGUGAGUAGAUCAAUAGGUACCACUCGGGCGGGAAGGUAACGGCGCUCCAUGCAGUCAUGCCGGCCACAUGACCCUGGAGGUGUCUAUGGACAACGCCGGCUCUUCGGCUUAGAAAUAAAGAUGAGCACCAACCCCCAGAGUCAGACAUGACUUAACAUCAGGGGAAACCUUUACCUUUAAUACUCUAAUAAUUUGUUCAUUUUCAUGGUUUCCUCCUUUCUAUUGAAAUUGGCCAUUAAAUGCCAAUCAAGCUGGCCAUUUGCAACACUCACACUUGCCUCCAAGCGACAAGAGUUCUUUCUCCCACCCUGGAUGUUCCACAGAUAUGUAAACCCCACUUGCCUAGUUCCCAACAAACCUCACCACCUCUGAGGAUGCCUGCCACAGAUGUGGGUGAAACAUCAGGAGAGAAUGCUUCUGGAACAUGGCCAUACAGCCCGGAAAACCCACAGCAAACCACUAUUUUUCAAUAGUUUUCUUGAUUGAAAAAUAUUGUUUGCUAGCUGUCUGCAAGUAGAAAUACCAGCAGGUGGAUUUGGAAAAAUAAUAAGAAAUCUUCCUUGAAAAUAAAUAAAAAGUAACCUAAUAAACAAGAGCCAUCUGCACUCAUAAGCAGCCUUCCAUGCAAUUUGCCAAUUUGGAUACAUGUCUGGGUGUCUCGCCCUUAGCUUGAGAAGGUUUCUUCGUUUGGGGAUUAUGAUCAACCAGCAUAGUCAAAAGUUAUGCUAGCUAGGGAAUUCUGGAGAUUGUAGUCCCCCCAAUAAAUAAUAAUUUGCAAUCUUUGUUGAGACCAUUCUUGAUAUCAUGAUCCGAAUCUCAAGCAUCUUGUGGAGUGCAGCCAUAUCUAGUGAAUAUGUAGGAGCAGAUGCUGGAUCAGGUCCAGUCUAUUUUAGAAACACCUUGGUACAAGUUUACUGCAUCGAAUGCCCAAGAGAAGCUCGAAAUGGAGGAUACUGCCAGAGAGUCACUGGUUGGUACCUUCCAGGCAAUCAAACCAGCAAAAGGGUCUGGAAACUGUUGUUUGUGUCUCUGUGCUGAAAAGACUCCAUGCAAUGUACAUAAAAUGGAGAAGGGCUGCAGCUGUUUUUCACCUGCAUUGAAGUCAUUGUGUGACUAGGGAGGGUUUCAGGGACAAAUGUCCUGGUUGCUAUGGACAUGUAUUAUACUGACAACUAUUAAAAUUACAUAGAAUUUCCAA